UCGUCUAUUGCGUCACUUCGUUAUUUACAUAAAACCCUACCCUCAAUCUUUCUCUGCAAGCUCCAAUCUCUUCCAGAAAUCUCAAAACUCUCUCUAUAAGCUUAUCUGUACUGACUUAUGUAAAUUAAGAAGAAGAAGUAGAAAAAAUGUUUUAUUCGCACACUUUUUUAGCUCGAAAGGGGCCAUUGGGUACGGUAUGGUUGGCGGCUCAUCUGCAACACAGGCUUAAGAAAUCUCACUACACCUCCACUGAUAUCCCCGCCACCGCUGACCUUAUCAUGUUCCCGGAGGUUCCAAUUGCUUUAAGAAUGUCAGGCCACCUCCUAUUAGGGCUUGUUCGAAUAUAUUCGAAGAAAGUUGAUUAUCUAUUCCAAGAGUGUAAUAUUGUUCUGACCAGCUUAAGAAAGGCAUUUGCUUCUGUAGAACUUAACUUGCCAGAAGAUGCAAGACAGGCUCCUGUUGAAUCUAUCACUUUGCCAGAGACAUUAAACUUGGAUGCCUUUGAUUUUGAUGAGGACAUAGAUUAUCUUGUUUCAAAUGAUCAUCUCAAGAGUCAGGAGGAUAUCACACUUACAGAUCAAAUUCCAAUGGAGGGAGAUCCUUAUAUUGUUAUAACGUUUGAUGAGGAUAUGAUAGAUGUAUCACAUCCUGUAGAGUUUCCUGAUUCUGGAGUCAGACCAAUGCAUGUGGAUGUUCGACCUACAACACCUGUUGAUGGUAAUAUAAACAAUCAAAGGGAAGAAACCUAUGUGGCACCACCUGUUCAAGAUGCUGAGCCAAGCAAUCAACUGGAAGUGCCAAAUGCACCUGUUGAUUCUCGAGAUCCAACUAAUGAGAAAGGAACGCUUAACUCAACCUUAGAAGUUCGGGAUUCUGGAGCAAGCAAUCAGACGGACAUACCUGAUGUGGGGUCUAGCCAUGAGAAUUUGCUGCCUAAUCCCCCUGAUAUCGAAAUUAUGCGUGAUGCUGCCCAUGAUUUGAGUCAUGAAAACGUUCCUCCACAUUUUCCAGAUAAUGCAAAUGAUACAACCGAACCAACUGGAUCUUUCCACCUGAUUUCAAAUGAGAAGCGGAAUCUAUCUCCAAUUUCAGAGGAUAUGUUGGCUUCAGGAGGAGAGCCCAUGCUGUUUCAGCAGUAUUCAGAACCACCACCUUCAGCUGCUUCUAGAGAGGCUCUUGAUACACACGUUUCAUUUGGUAUUUCAUCACCUGAAUUAGCCCUUCGACCAAGUCCAGCUGUACAGUCACCACAGAGAAUUUCAUCACCUGAAGUAGCCCUUCGACCAAGUCCGUCUGUACAGCAGCCCCAUAGGAGGGGACGGAAGAGGAAGCUCUUUGAUAAGUCUACAGUGUUGACUAACAGAUUUAUGAAGCAGGCACUUGAAGAUUCUAGUUACCUUUUACGAGAAAGGAAGACUGCUCCUUUUUCUUCUCUUGGAUUAUGGAGGCUGAAAAAUAUUAGAAGGAAAGAACAAGUACUUAGUGAACCUUUAAUAACUGGGUUUUCUGCUGAUCUCUGUGAUAUUUUCAAAAAGGACUAUAUCUCUUCAAGGUCCCAAUUAGCUGUUGUGGAGGAACCUAUCUCUGAACAAUCUCCGAUUCCUGCAAGAUCUCCAAGUCCUAUAACUGAAGCUGUUCCAGAACCUAGCAUUCUGCAAACCCCUGAUCCUCUUGUUGAAGUUCAGUUCAAGGCUAAUGCACGACUUCCUGAUGUAUUUCCAGAAAAUAAUAUGCACACAAAUGACAUUGAAAUUGAGCUUCUCCGAGCUGGUAAAGGUGAUGGAGGAAAUAGUAGUUUACCUGAUUUCAUGACUUCUGCAGCUUCAUCAAUGCCCUCUCCUGGUGCUCCCCUGCCCUCUCUUGUUGCAUCCCUUCCUUCUCCUUUUAGAACUGAUAUCAGGACGCCUCCCUCAAUGAGCAGUUUAGGAGAAGGGGGUGUUCCUCAGGCAGGAACUUCUGGAACAGGAGUACUGCCCACACCUGAUUUUUCAGCAUCUACUGCGCCUUAUGGAUCUGACCUUGAAACGCCAAGGACAUUCCUAGAGGGGGGACUAGGUAUAGGAAGCACUGGACUUUCAAACAUUCUUGAAUUAGAAGAAGAUCUUUCUUUUUUGGAAGCUGAGAAUAAUACACCAACAGACAGCCAAGCUAGUCAAGGAGUUGGCUCAUUGUCUGCGAGAACCAGGGCUGUGGCACAACAUUUGAAAAGCCAGUCUGGAGAUCUAAGCUUAAACAAGAUCUUGGAAGGGAAGACAAGAAAAGUUUGUGCACGAAUGUUCUUUGAGACACUGGUUUUAAAGAAUCAUGGACUUGUUGAUGUACAACAAGACCAUCUUAUGGUGAUAUUACUUUAAAGUUGACUCUACACUUUGAAGGAACAAAUAUAAAGUUAGAAGCUGAUGAGUUUUUCAUGUAUAUAGAUGAAUCAGCAGAUGAAGAGAAACCAAAA